AUGUAUUCCAUCGACCCAUAUCGAUAUGGGUUACAUCCAGAACGCAAGCUAAGUCCAAUUUCUUAUUCAAUUCGUCUAAGAUGUCAAAUUGACGAAAGAAUGGCAGAGAAAAUCUCCAUUAGGAAAAGGCACGAGUACUUCUUAUAUACACAUGUAUCACUAAAUUACGAUGAAAUAAAUAAAUCCAUUGUUUCAGAGACUCUUUGGAAAGCAAAGCAGUUUCAAUUCAGAGCUGCAGUUGAUAAUGAUUUUGGAUAUUACGAUGUAUUUAAAGAAGGAAUGAAAAAGUAUUUAUUUGAACGCAAAGAUAUUUUCCCUGAAUCUGAAUUGGCAGAUAUAGAAAAGUUUGUUACUUAUGCAAAGCCCGAAAACUUCUGCAUUAUGAAUCCAUACACAAAAAAAUGGUCCCAUACAGUCCUGAAAUUCUGGAAAAAUUGA